AUGAGCACGUUCCUCAAUGAGCGCUACCGUACGCUUGAAGCGAUUGAGGACGUGAAACAGACUGCCAACUCACAGAUCGCGACUGCAGGGCCAUCCCGUCCGCAAAAUUCCAAGCGAGUCAACUCCUUUGAGGCCCGAAUCACUCCGAAAGGCAAAUCAGGUCACCAACUCCGAGAGUGUACGAGUGCGCACAAUUGCUUUACAUGCAAAUGGCGGGGCGACAGUGCCCACAAUGGUGCCUCUUCAUCUUCCAAUAUACAGUCCACUCUAAAUCCAACGGCAACAAAUGUGCAAAAUUUCUUUGCCAAUAAUGCUCAGAAUGUCCUUCUCGGCACGGCGGUCAUCAAUGUUUGCCACUUGGGCACUACAUAUACCGCACGUGCGCUAAUUGAUUCCGGGUCCGAAGCGACCUUCAUUUCUGAGCGUUUGUUCCAACGCAUUAAGUUGCCUUUCCAGUCCGUGCGAGCCCAGGUAUCCGGGCUAAAUCACGCAGUUGCGGCCCAAUCGCAGAAGUUAUGUCACUUCAGCAUUGGUUCUCCGACGAAGCCGAGCCAUAUCGAGACUUCGGCAUACGUAAUUCCACAGUUGGCGGGCAAACUGCCCUCCUUCGACAUGCCGCGAACUUUCCUAAGGGAUCUACCAGCGAUAGAACUGACAGAUCCACACUUCUACAAGAGCGCUCAGAUCGGCUCCCGGCCAAACAUUUGUGGCUCACUCCUUGGGCAGGAAACCGUGUUUGGCUGGAUUCUUACCAGCCCUGUCUCCCAGACGAAGCUGAUAAAGGAGUCAGACUUCGUUUGCGAAGAAAACUUCGUUAAGACUACUUCUCGUAGCAAAUGUGGCAGAUAUCGGGUGACUCUUCCAUUCCGGAAGCCCGAUGGCAUUGAACUGGGUCAUUCCAGAUCUAUAGCGCUGGCUCAAUUCCUCAAGAAUGAGAACCGUUUGUCAAGAAACGUUUCUCUAAAGAAACAGUACAAUGCCGUUCUCCAGGAGUACGUGGACUUGGGUCAUAUGACACCCACGACUCCUAAUUUCUACCUGCCUCACCACGCCGUGUUCAAACCAGAUAGCACCACAACGAAGGUGCGGGUCGUUUUCACCGCAUCUUGUCCAUCCUCAAAUGGCAAGAGUCUGAAUGAUAUCCUUCAUUCAGGGCCCAUUCUCCAACCGGAUCUCACGUUGCAGAUCCUCAGAUGGCGAUACUAUCGAUAUGUCAUGGACUCGAAGCACACACCGUUCCAACGAAUUCUGUUCCGUACGUCGGACGCUGAGAUCCGUGACUUCGAAUUGAACACAGUGACAUUCGGUGUCAACUGUGCGCCUUUCCUGGCUCUACGAGUCCUCCAGCAACUUGCUGAUGACAUACGCUUGGAGUAUCCUCUCGCAAGCCGAGUCAUUUCCAACAACAUGUAUGUGGACGACGUCCUGGCGGGGACACACACGAAAGAAGAGGCCAUCCGGACCAUUGCGGAAGUGUGUGCAGCCCUGGACAGCGCUCGCUUCCCGCUGAGGAAGUGGACGUCGAACCAUAAGAGCGUGCUGAAGGACAUUCCAAAGGAGCAUCUACUUCGAGAAGAUUUCCUCGAACUCGAAGACUCCAGUACGGCGAAAACUCUGGGCAUCAGGUGGCAAGCUCACGAUGACGAGUUCUUCUUCAUGCCACCAGAGGUUGCCCAUCAGGACUCCUACACGAAGAGGGAAGUGCUUUCGCAAAUCGCUAAGCUUUUCGACCCAGCCGGGUGGCUGGCCCCUUUCGUUAUCCGAGCCAAGAUCUUCAUGCAGGAGAUCUGGCUGAGAACGCUCGAAUGGGACGAGCAUCUACCCACGGAUCUUUCACUCCAAUGGAAGGAGUACCUCCAGAGCUAUCCUGCUCUGGGAAAGAUCCGGAUUCCAAGAUGGGUCCAAUUCCAGACAAGAGUGAAGUUCCAGUACCACGGAUUCUGUGAUGCAUCAGAAAGGCCUGUCUCGCCUGGUUGA